CUAGCAGUAUAGAAUCUCAAUCGUUUGGAAGUCUUAUACUAUAUUGCUGCCUCUGCUGCUUAAGUUACCGCAGCUGAAUUCUCGCGCCAAAUCUGCAGUCAUUCUCCUCACAUCACCAGCGUUGUCCCAUACACAAACCAGUUCAAAAUCUGGCUUGUAAAAUUUGCUUUUCUAUAUAAUUGUUCUUCACCACGAAGAAAAAAAGAACUGAUUGUAUAACAGAAAGUGUUAUUUUUUACUAUGUACAACCGAAGAUAGGAGUUCAAAAGAGGACAAUUUGAUUUUGGAUUAAGACAACAAUUUAAAAGCAAAACAUUGAACACAGGAAUAUUAAUAUGGAGGAAACGCCUAAGCCAAAAUUGAUCAUCUUUGAUCUAGAUUACACGUUGUGGCCAUUCUGGGUAGACAGAAAAGUCAACGUGGAACCACCCUUCAACAGAACUCCAGACGGUAAAGUAUUUGAUGCUCGCAGCCGAGAGAUUCGUUCCUUCCCCGAUAUAGAACAUAUACUGAAGAAACUCAAAAACGAGAACUUCAAAUUGGCGAUAGCUUCUGAGGCAUUUAACAAGGAAGAGGUUCGAAGACUCGUUACGUAUUUUGGAUGGGACAUCUAUUUCGAUCAUAUGGAAGUUUAUCCUGGGUCCAAGAUUACACAUCUUCUCACGAUCAAGAAAGAGAGCGGCAUAGAUUUCCCUGAUAUGAUGUUCUUUGAUGACGAAAGGGAUCACCUCUCAGAAGUAGCACACACUUGCUUAGGUGUUACAUGUAUAUGGGCAAAUCGUGGAGUGUCUGAGGAAAUUUUGGAAGAAGGAUUUAAGGCUUUCUCAACCAACCACAUUAGCAACGCAAAUAACAACAAUAACAACAUGCUUCACUCGAGCACGAGUUCUCUUAACAGCAACGACUCCGAAGAGUCCCAGAGUGAUACAACUGUGUUCUACGUACACAAAAGGCGCGGGUCACGUGCCUCUAUUACAUAUGAUACGCCACCAGUCAUUGACAGAGCAGUGCGCUUGCGUGGAAGAAGAAUGUCUGCUCCAGCAUUAUCAAUUCCUAAAUUGGACACCAAAAAGCUCUUGGCAUGUCAGGAAAUAAACGAAAACUGAUGUUCUGUAGUACAAUUAACACUGGUAUAAUUUACGAAUGUGACAAUACAAGUGUUAUGCUAGUAUUGUAAUACCAUGAUGGUACUUGUAAGUUUGAUAUUUAUGUGUUCGCAAGUGACAAAUGUCUGUUUCGACAGAAAUCCUAGAUGGAUUUUGACGUUCAUUGUGCAAUAGAAUGUGAUACCUUUUGGAAUAAGAAAUUUGCGAACAAACUAAUGUGUAAAAUAAUUUUGUAAAAUUGCAGCAUGAAUUACAACGCAGGGACACAACCAAAAGUAAGUGAAGUUAAAACACGAGAUUGCUUUAACAGAUGCUGCAAUAUAAUUGGACGAUUUUAGAAGGUGUUUAACUGCUGAAAGGCAUAUAAAUGCGCGGCAUACCGCCACUCACGUGAAGCCGAUAGAACAUCUGGAACUGAACAGGUGCAUGUGUUUGUAUUGAGCACGAUGAAGUGGGUCUAUGGUUCUACAUCCAAGGCGUUCUUGUCAAGAGAUGAAAAGAAUCCUGAAUGAACGGAUAGGAUGAGAAAUAAAUAAAACCCACAAAUUUUAACAAAAAAUGCUUGUGUUGACUUUGGGAUGAAAGGGGAUGGAUAUCACCUUACAACAUUAAUUCUUAGUUAUGUAUGUUAACGAUACAGAGAGGAUAUAGGAGAUGUGUAAGAUCUCACUAAUUGAUUAGAAUGUUUCAUUUCCCUUUCAAGUAUGUGACAAUAAUUCUUAACCUAAUUUCUGAGCAUUACAGUGUCGACAAGGGAUAUGCUAUAAGAAUUAGGUUAGAUUUAUCCGGCGUCACACUACGGUUAUAAGAUAAAUAAAAUUCACUGAAAAAAAAACGAAAGUCAAUGUGAAAUCCCGACCUAAAGCCAUUUGGUGCCGGGAUUCUUAGGGAUCCUGAGCGUUUACUGCAUGAGAGAAAGGGAUAACUAACUGGAUAAAGAUGUACGAAGGGAAAAAGAAGAUCAGAUUAAUUGGUGUUAAUUAAGGAGAGAAAGGAUGUGUGGAAGGUUGUUUUGCAAGGAGUGGUAGAACAUAUUGUUGCUUGGUAUGGCGAGAAAAAUGAAUGAUUGAUUGUUUCAGAGGAAUUGUGCUAUUUGGAGGGACAGCAGACUGAUUAAGUGCGGGUUUUCUGGAGGAGAGAAGCAUGACUGAAGCUAGAUAGUUUGGGAGAAAAUCAGUAUUAGCACUUCUACACUGUAUGCAAAACGUAGCGCAAGAGUGAUAGGCAUAAAAAAGAUAGAUAUUUACAAUACUUUGUAGUGAACUACACAAACAUUACCUUGAAUUUGAUUAAUUCUAGUCUUUCAUGUAGAUAAAAUCUUAAAAUCUUAUAUGUUACAUGUUAAAUUGCAUGUAGAGGUUUCGUAAACGCUCGCUCUUUACAUAGGCAAGUAUGUUUGUAUGAAUGUACUGUUUAUUGUAAGUAUGUGGUUGUGGUAAUGUAUCUGAUAUAUAGAUUUAUAUAUAUAAAUGUAUUUCCUUAGUCAUGGUAUGACCGAAAAAAAAGAUUACCACCAGUUUAAUCAUUGUAUUGCACGUUAUUUUUCAUCGGAGUUUAUACUUAUCAACACUUUGACAGAUACCCUUAUAUAAAAUACAUAUUUUACCGUAUUUCAAUGCUUUUAGGGGAAAAUACAUCCAUGUUAUCUUGUAACUCAUAUUUCCCCCUACUUGACGAGGUAUUUUUUACCCACAAACAUUGUUUUGUGUUGUACCCCCUAGACCUAAUUUUCAAUAUUAUACAUAUAUAGCAAUAAGUAUUUUAAAUUACUGUUAAAGAUUUCAGACUUCAUGGACCAUUAAAACUGUACAGGAAAAUCAAUUUCUUGUUAAAGUGAUUGGCUUUGAUAAUUUUGAGCUACAUUUGUAACACACUUUCGACAGAAAAUAAUUUGUUCCAUACUGUAAUUAUAUAAGAAGAAACAUAUCCUGAACAUUUUAGACAACACGUGCACAAUAGCACUUUAAAUCCUAAUUCUUAAUCCUCACCUUAUGAUAUUGUUCAAAUGUCCUUAUGUUUUAUAUUUUCGUAGCAGUGUUAUAUUAAAGAGUAUAUAGAUUAUAAGUAUAUAUAUAUAUAUAUAUAUAUAUAUAUGAUAUAAUUUUGAAAGUAGAUAUGUAUUUGUAUAUAUAUGGUACCAGGCGCAUUGUACAUACGAGUAAUAAAAACAAGAGAUUAUGAAUAUUAAUUAGUAAUAGAUGUGUAAAUUAUACGUAAAAGGUUAAUAUUCAUUUUAGUGCUGAAUAUGUAUAUGGUCGUCCGCUGUGCAGACAAGUCUAUAUCUGUUAGUGAGAUGAUUUAUCUGUGGUACAGAGGUAGAAAAUAAAACGUUAAAAAUUAA